AUGCAAUUCUCUAAAUUAUCAACCAUUUUAGCCUUAUCUGCUGCUACUUUUGCCAGAGCUGAUGACUUAACUACCACUUCCACUUCAGUCAUAACCGUUUAUGAAACCAUCACCAAAGAUGCUACUUCCACCACCUUCACCACCACCACUCCAGUUACUACCAUCGUAGCUGCCAGUGUUGAAGUUCUUUCUGUCGAAUCUUCUUCUUCUUCUUCUUCGACUACUGUUGAACCAGUUACCUCUUCGACUACUGUUGAACCAGUUACCUCUUCGACUACUGUUGAACUAACCACCUCUUCGACUACUGUCGAGCCAACCACCUCUUCGACUACUGUUGAACCAGUUACCUCAUCCACCGUCAUUGAAUCAUCUUCUUUUACUGAAGCUACUUCCUUUACUUCUGCUUACGCUGACUUACAAGCCUUUGGUUUCUACAACUCUUCUUCUACUUACGACAACUCCACUACCAGCAGUUACUCUAAUGAAACCACCACUUUGACUCAAUUAUCUACGGAAUUAGCCACUAUCACUUCCUGUUCUAAUAAUGCCUGUGAUGCUAAGACUACCUCCGCAAGCUCUUCUUCUUCUGUUGAAUCCACCACUUAUGUCACCGAAACUAACAUCAUAUCUACUACUUUAACUACCUUGCAAAUGUCUCAUACCUCAUCAUCAUCUGCAGCUGCUGAAACUUCUGUUGCUAGUGUUCUUGUUGCUGAAAAUGCUGGUUUCAAAUUGACUGCUGUCAGCGCUGGUUCCUUACUUACUGCUAUUGCCGCGUUAUUAUUAUAA